AUGUCUUUCGACGAAGAGCCCAAAGGAAACGAUGACCCAUCGGGAGAUACCGAGGGGCUACAUCACCGGAUAUCUCGCACGGAACAGGAUUUGUCUCGCGGGGCCGCUAUUUCAUUUCGUGGCGUAUCUUUCCGCUACCCAGGGUCCACGCAGGACCAACUUCACCACGUGUCUUUUGACAUCGAGUCUGGGGAAUAUGUCUGUAUAACGGGCCCUUCUGGAAGCGGAAAAAGUACGAUUAUGUGGCUGAUUGGGGGACUUUUUUGUCCUCAACGUGGCGCGAUUCGCGUGGGUGAAUGGUGGCUUGGAGAGCAUAACCAAUCGAUUUUACGGCGUAUAACCAGGGUAGUGCCCCAGUCCUCUCAUCUUUUUUCAGGUAGCGUGAAGGAGAAUGUGGCAUAUGGAAACCCGCUAUUACUAUCCGAUAAGGACAUUUGGAAGGCAUUGGAUAUGGCCCGGUGCAACUUUGUCCACGAGUACGCGAAGGGGAUUGACACCCAUAUCGGAGAACGAGGCCGUUCCCUGUCUUCUGGACAGCAACAGCGUUUAGCGUUGGCCCGUGCGCUGGUGCGGACGCCACGAGUUCUUAUUCUGGACGAGUCCACCAACGCGAUUGAUAGUGAGUCCGCGGAGCAUAUUCAUAAUAGCAUCAUGGAGCUCGAGGAUGUGACACGCAUAUUUAUAUCCCAUAGCCCGGACGUCAUAAACCAGGCUACACGUGUUUUAGAAGUGACACGCGGGCGCGUGUCGUCGGAGAGACACCACACAUCGAGAGAUGAAGGUUAUACCGAUUUGAGAACUUCCUAG